AUGAGAAGGGCGGUGAUAUCAAGGCCUCUAGGCGUAGCCAAUCGGCGAGGUAAUUUUUGUGCGAGACGAGGGUAUGCGUCCUCGUUACCGGAAUGUUUAUACCAAGAUUUGACAUCCCGCCAACUUCCUUUAUUCUUUGAUUAUCUCCAUCCUCAGCCCUCUCACCUCUUGGAUCUAACAUUAACAGGCUUAUUUCCCAAAUUAGACGCAUUCCCUCAAACGCAAACCACUCUUCCAACUAUCAUCCGGCCUUCGCCUUUACCACCGGCCCACCACCUAGUCUACUUCCCUCCACAAGUCACACCGUCCCAGCUCUUACCCGACGGCACCGAUACCCUGCAUUCUCCUGGUGCGCCCUUCAAUAGGCGACUAUGGGUCGGCGGCGGGGUUAGAUUUGCAGCUACAAAUAAAUUAAUGCUAAGCGGCCGCCGCGCCGUAUGUAUUGAAGGAAUCCGCGAUGUUAUUGUCAAAGGCCAACAGGGAGAAGAGAAAAUAUUUGUCAAGAUAGAGAGGCAAAUAAACACCGUGGGAGAAGGCGAGACUGAAAAUGACAUAAGGAAACGAAUAUGGAGGAGUAAUAACAAGGAUAUGGGAGAGCACGCCCCAGUCGUCGAGGACAGGAACCUGGUGUUCAUGCGCGAUAAAACCGCCGACCAAUUAGACCGGGAUAAGGCGAAGUUCUCUCAGGUCUCCAAAACAAUUAAAUGCUAUCGGAACCUACUUGUGCACGGUCCUUUGACAUUGACCCUUCUUCUUACGGCCCUCUGCCACCAUCUACAUGGAACGGGCCUGACUAUCAGCGACAUUGAUUACAAAAAUUUGGCACCCCUCUAUGUGGAAGAGGAGUUAGCUAUCUGUGGCAAGCCAAAACCAACCAGAGAUAACGCCUGGGACGUCUGGAUCGAGGCAGGUAACGGAGCAAUGGAUGACUUUCGGGCUCUUCCUCCCGUCGCCAGCAGGACACUUACUGCACUCACAUUUAUUGAGUCGGCAUUAGUUCACAGUCAAUCCCUCAGCUAUUAUUUUGUCCCCCUUAUCCCGAAGCUUCUUUUCAAAUUUCGUCCCGAGAUAUGGAGGCUAUGCACACCAUAUCUCUUGACAGAUCCAAAGCUGAAUUUUGUGUUUGACCUCUAUUUCAGUAUGCCGGUCAACAUGGGCAAUCCUGGAAGCUUUUUCGUCUACGUGCUUUUCAUUGCGUCUGUUAUUAUGGGUUUUACUUGGGAGCCGGGAUAUUCACGCAGGGAUAACAAGGGCACUAGAACCAUGUUCUUCGUAGUCGAGAUACCCACCUUACUCCUGCCCUGGGCGAGGCUUGCCCUAACUUUCGUCAUGAAGGGGUGGUACUCCGCGUCUAUUGAAUUUACAGGAAUAGUGGCCGCUCACUUGUAUGACUUUGUGACCCGCAUAUAUCCGACUUUUGGUGGAGGGAAAAACUACAUUGUCACACCUGCAUUCAUUCAAAGAUGGUUUACUGGGUCGUUGCGAGGAGGCCGGGAACGCGUGUACGGUCAAGCCUACCGGCCUCCGAACGAAGCGGAGAAUCCUCCCCGGGGUUGGGCGUCGUCUAUCCGAACUGCCUGGGAUACCAGGGGCUCAGGACGCAGACUCGGUGGAAAUUAA